AUGGUUAAGGAGGAAACCGAGGAUGUUUUUUUGAGGCUCCAAGAACAAGCUGAUUGGCACAGGGCCAUGGGUGAAUCCAACAGUGAGUCACCAGCGAGCCCGCUGCUGCCUGGAGACAACCGACGCAAGAUGGCUACUACACCAGCCAUCGAAUGCCUGCCGUUCGAGCUCAUCGACUCUAUUCUCUCAUUUCUACCCGUGGUUGAUUACUACAGCCUGAAGCUCGCGGGAAGCCGUUAUCUCACUGGAGCUGUUCGCUCCCGCACUUCUCUCUUCUCCCGCGACGAUUAUUUCAAGCUCCUGCGGCAGCAAUACCAGCACGAAGUCGAAUCGCCAGAGGGCCGUGCUAGAUCUGUACUGGCAAUCACCAUUGAACGAGGGAAUCAACUUGUUGUUCGGCAACAUCUGGAAAGGUACAAGGAUGCCGAAGACAACUCAUCUGAACGCAGAAACGGGAGGUUUGCGUGUGCCCUCCACCUGGCGGCACUAUAUGGAUCUAUAGACAUUUUGAAACUCCUGAUAGAUAGGGCGAAUUACAGAUGUCGAAGGACCGGGUCGACCGCACUUCACUUUGCCGCUAGGGGCGGGUCCAUCGAGGCAGCUCGACUGCUCAUAGAGAAUGGUGCCGAUGUCAACGCAAUAACUUUUGAAGAGAAGACGCCUGUUGCCCUAGCGCUGGAUUGCGAGCACGACGAGCUUGCACAAUAUCUAGAGGGCCAGGGAGGAUGGAUAUGUGCGGCUGACGCUCUUCGCCACCAUCCAUCGCGGAAAUUAGCGGAUUUGGUAUGGAGAUGUACGGAUGAGCCGGCGGCAAUAGAAAAACCGGAACUCGAACCCACGCAAGACGGGCGGCCGCGGGCUUUUUGUGCGUUUUUCAACUAUCUAUCCGCAAAGCAGGAUUCAAAAGAAUACCAGCAAAGCACUGCAUUGUGUGAUGCGAUUUCAUUCGAAGUUGGAGAGGUGAUUUCUUCCAUUGUGGACGAUGGAUUCCAUGUCGAUGCAAUCUGCUACGCAACGUACGAUACCUUGCUUCACCUUGCUGUGAAGUCCAAAAGUGAACCAAUGGUUGAACUACUUCUUCGACACGGAGCAGAUCCUGCACGUACUCAACCGCGGUGGGCGACGCCAUUCCAUUUAGCCGUAGAGGAAGCUGAACACUCGAUGAUCGAGAUUUUCGUGCGAUCAGGAAUUUCAGUGAAUCUUGCAGAUGAGGAAGGCAACACCGCUCUCCAUUCCCGUAACAUAGAACACGAUAGCUAUAUCAGGACCCUAGUUGACAAACUCGGUGCGAACGUCAAUGCAAAGAAUCACAGAGGUGAAACCCCGAUCUAUACUGCUGUCAAUUGGGAAUGCGUGGACGCUGCCGAGAGGCUGCUGGUGCGAGGAGCAGAUGUCAAUACUCAAGAUAAUGACAUGCUUACACCGCUUAUGAGAAGCUGCAAAGAGCGCUGCCCCGAAAUGAUACGUUUGCUCCUGAAGCACGGAGCGGAUAUUACUCUCCUCAACUCGAACGGUCAUAACGCCAUGGAAAUCGCAAAAAUAUCUGGCAUUACAACGAUUCUUGAACAUAGUGACAAUGCCCAGCUCAAGGCAAAGAGGAUGACGCUCGACCUCAUUCGUCAAACGAGGAUGGAUGAGGACCCCUAG